CACGCCUCCUUCUCCUCCUCUCCUCUCCUGGCUCUCUCAGAGUUGUUCAGACGCGAGGGAGGAAUGGCGGCUCCUCGGAGUUUCUUCAUCUCUCUCUCCGGUCUCUUUCUGGUUUUAUGCUCCUCUUGUGGAUCUACGACCUCCGGCAGCAGAAGAGCGAACCAGGAGCGAUGCGGUUCUAAGGUCAGUCCGGUGCAGAUGGAAGUCGGGGGUUGGCCGUCAUCUUCCAGAGCUGACAUUACAGCGUGUGAAGUCCUCCUAGGAUCAGACAACCAGGUUUGCAGACCAUUCUGGAAGCCGAAGACCCUGAACGUGUCUCAGCUGGGGUCCAACCUCCACGUGGCGUUCGACCAGGCGCCGGCCUCCUUCGGCUUCCACUUCUACUUCCUGUACUACAAACUCCGGCAGGACGGACCCUUCAGGCAGCAGCGCUGCAAACCGGAUGUGAACCAGCCCAGAACCACAUGCAUCCUCCAGAACGUCACACCUGGGACCUACACUAUAGAGCUGAGAGACGACAGUAACACGACCAGGAGGCAAACUCAGUACCAUGUCAGCCAGGUCCACUCCCCCUGGGCGGGGCCUAUUCGUGCCAUGGCCAUCACAGUUCCUCUGGUCAUCAUGUCGGCCUUCGCCACUCUCUUCACUGUCAUGUGUCGCAAGAAACAGCAAGAAAACAUCUACAGCCAGCUGGACGAGGAGAGCAGCGAGUCGUCCAAUCACAGUGCAGCGUUGAACACGGAGCGGCCGUGGCCUCGCCCCAAGGUCUUCAUCUGUUACUCCAACAGAGACUGCCCCAAACACACCAGCGUCAUCCAGAGCUUUGCCUACUUCCUGCAGGACUUCUGCAGCUGUGAGGUCGUGUUGGACCUCUGGGAACACCUGGAGAUGUGCAGAGAGGGUCAGAUGUCGUGGCUCAGCAGACAGCUGGACGAAGCCGACUUCAUCAUCACCGUCUGUUCUAGAGGCCUACGCUACUACGUAGAGAAGAAGAGCCGCAGAGGGAAGACGCCGGUCAGUCGGCGUAGUAACAGCAGCAGCAGCAGCAGCAGCUCUCCGAUUGGUGGAUCGGGCGGGGACCUGUUCAUUGUGGGCGUGGCCAUGGUCGCCGAGAAGCUGCGGCUGGCGAAGCAGAGCGAGGGGGGCGGAGCUCAGGAGCUGGACCGCUACAUGACGGUUUACUUCGACUACUCCACAGAAAGUGACAUCCCCACCAUGUUGAGCCUGGCUCCCAGGUUUAAGUUGAUGGACCAGUUGCCUCAGCUCUUCAGUCGGCUCCAUUCCAGUCAGUCCAACUUGGCUGAUCGUGACUCGCAGCCUCUCAACGUCUCCCGGAGGAACUACUUCAGAAGCAAGUCCGGACGCUCGCUCUACGUUUCCAUCUGCAACAUGCACCAGCACAUCAGCCAGAACGCUGACUGGUUUGAGAAGCAGCUGGCUCCUUCAGGAGGUUCCUCGGCCUCUUCCUCCAAACAUCCUCCUCUCCCUGCUGCCCCGGCUCCGAGCCCUCCUCCGAAGCCUCCCUGCCCCUCCUCCUCGUCCCUGCCGGAUCAGAGGUGUGACUCAGGCUUGGUGCUGAACGAGGUGUUGGUGAAUACGCCGUCCCUGGAGGGCGGGGAGGGAGCAUCGAGGAGGAACAUGCUCCUGCUGGCCUCUGGCUCCAGUCCCAGCCUUAACCUAGGCCCCAGCCUCAGUCCUAGUCCCAGUCCUGGUCCCUGUCCCAGUCCAGGCCUGCCACACUGCUCUCUGGCCACGCUGGGACCCACUUCAAGGUCCACUUCUGGAAUAUCUGGACUGUUACCUGAAGAAUCCUCCUCCUCUUCCUCCUCCUCUCCCUCCAUUCUGCAGGAUGGGGUGUGCCCUGUCCACACCCAUGUAGAAGAAGGGCACCAUUGCCCUCCAGAGCUCCCCCCCCCUCGUGAUUCGGGCAUCUAUGACUCGUCUGUCCCUUCCUCAGAGCUCUCCAUUCCCCUAAUGGAGGGUCUGUCACAUGACCAGGCUGACUCCUCCUCCCUGGCAGACAGCGAAUCAUCUUCUUCGGGGCUGGGUGACGAGGAGCCGCCGGCUGUCACGUUGCUCCGCUGCAGCGCCGCCACGGUUUGCAAAGCUGAGCUGCACCACCACCGCCACCUGGAGCACAGCGACGGACUCGCACCCGUGGCCUCGCUGUAGGGGGGGGGGGACACCUCCAGACCAGUGAUGUCAUCACAGGGCUGGAAAUGUUUUGGUCUCUGGACUCGAAUCCAAGGAAACGGCACUGCGGGGGUUGACCUGUGGAAAGGACUGUGUUCUAAAGGUCUGUAGUAGCUAUGGUAACCACUGAGUUCUUGAACACUGGUCCCUGGUAACGGUGGAAGCGAGAGUUUGAAGCCCAGUUCAGACCAAAGAUUCAGACAAGAGGAGUUGAAAUUGGCUUAAGGUGAGCUCAAACGGGCCGGUUCAACCCCUGAAACUACUCCCCGCAACUUUCUAAAACGGUCUCAUCUGGCCCGAGUCUUUGGUCUGAACUGGUUUUAUGACCGGUAGCGCCUGGUAACUGUGGUAAUCGCCGGGUUGAAGAACAUCGGUCCACUGGUCCUAACUAUGUUAACCACUGAGUUCUGCCUGAGUGACGUUUGAAGGACUGGAUCUCCGGACGACUGGAAGAGCGGACCGGGUCGAACCAAAGACUGCUUCGGCGCUGCGUCUUCAUUGAUUGACAGCUGACACAUGUAUGAAUGGAUGUUCGGGCACUUUUUGUUGCAGAAACACAGGAAAACACAUGUUCAGAUGUUCCCCCGGCAACAACUAUCAAAGCAGCUCCUGAGGUUCUGUUAUCCACAAAGACUUUUUACCAAAAGCUGCUGAGUGUAACCGUUAACGGACGCCAGGACACCAGAGGAUAAUUCUUGUGUUGUUCUCAACUCUUGGGACCAAAGCCGAGAACACACUAAAUACUUUGGAGAAAACCACAUAUUCAUCAAUGAAUGCUGUCUUUUUACAUGGGAUUUUAUUUUAAGAGCAUUUUUCAUUAUAAAAGGCAAAUUCCCCUAAAAAUUUUUUAACACAUUUCAUCAAUAUUUAUUUGAUUUUUAAGUUUUCCCCCUCGUAUGUUUUACCUAACCUCAUUUAACCCUUGUGUUGUCUUCCCGUCAACCAUGAAAAAAACUCCUGUUUUGGUCACUUUUUUCAAAAUUAUUAUCGCUUUUUCCGACAUAUUUGUCACUUUUUCAAUGUUGUGGGUGCUUUUUAUGACAUUUUUAAUAUGCUUUAAUAUUUUUAAUAUGCUUUUUUUCGACGGCUAAUUAACUGAAAACGGGUCAAAUUUGACCCGAGGACAACACGAGGGUUAAAUUGUUUACAGCAUAGAAAUAUCUUCUAAACAUUAGCUGACAAUGACAGUACCUUGAAGCAGCAAGUACAGCAACAUGAUGACCAUUGUCUAAUCAUAAAUAACUCCACUGGAAAAUAAUUUUGACAAACUGAACAAUCCCGCUAAACCCGCUAAUGUGAUUUAAGCUACAGCUACACUGCUACGUUUCGGUUUAAAAACAAAUAUCUUUUUCUACCACGUUCAAACUAUUCCAGGGUUUCCGAGCCCCUAAAACUGAGACAUUUGAAACACUCCUGCCUCCGUUUCGGUUUGAAUACUCCGGGGUUUCUUUGCAGUUUGGACGGGCACAAACGGAGACCUCUGGAAACAACGCCGCACGUCAGUCAGUCUUAUCGGUUAGUAGCUUACAGACGUGUCCGUAACGGCUCCACCGCGUCGUCGGACCAAGCUAAUUCCAUUGCACACGUGCCCGGUGUACGCAGGACUGGUGAAGACGUGUUGUCAGACGUGUUUUGAGAUCAGUUCUGCUAUUGGAGCUAGAACUCUGGUGUGGACGGAGAUUGUUUUUUUUGUCUCAAAACCACCGCUAAAUAAACGUGGUAGUAAAGAUGGAGCCGUAGUGGGGCGGAGGAGUUGUGUUGAAUUAUAAUUUGGUGAUUUUUCUCUGCAUUCUGAUUCACAAAUUCAGAAAAUACAAUUCAGCUUCGUUCAGCUGGUGGCGCCACUCCUACACCAUGCCGUGUUGAACACGGUGGUUACGUUGUUAAGCUUGUGGUUACGUAUUAUAAAGCAUUGAAUAUUAAUGUUUAGGGCCGGGUACGAAUAAUCAAUCCUCCAAUUAAAAUCGAUCUUUGUUUGAGUGAUAUCGAUUGAUAAAGUCCAGAAAUGUAACUUUGAAUGCCUUUUCAUCAUGGAUAAUCAAACGAGUACAAUGUUUUUUGGGGUCAAUCCUUAAUGUAAACAUUAACCUGGUACAUUAUGAUAAGUAUUUGACAAUUUACAGCAUACGUUCUCUGAGAUUCCCUUUUAUUCCCAAGCAAAAUAAGUAUUGUAACUGAAUUUUCCCCAACCUAAUUUAAAAUUAAAUCGGAAAUGUAAUCAAAUCGGGACGUUGUGAAUCAGAAUCACAUCUAUUCAGGAACUCGUUGAACCCAAUAAUGUCACAUUUACAGUAAUGUAUUACUUUACAGUCCUUUGCUAAUAUUGUUGCAGGAAGCAGCGUGGUUUUAAAUGACUAAACCACUUUAAAGAUGCAGACAUGGAAGCCCAUUCCUGCCAGAACAAGAAAUCCAUCCAUGAAAUGUCAAAUGAAAUUGUAAAAUAAUGUCACAUUUUCAAUUUACUAAGUCAGAAUUAGGAGAUACUAAGUUUAAGUUGUGAGAAACAAACAACAAUACAUGUUGUUAUCCCUACCCUUUAAUUUUCCAGUCGGUCGCGGUUUAAAACGAGAAGAUCGUCAUUUUAAACACAUCUUUUACGUUGUUAAAUGGUCACAGUUCAUGUUUAGGCACAAAAACUACUCAGUAAAGUUUAGAAAAGAUCGUAUUUUAGGUUCAAAUCCGAUGUUACUCCUCUCCAAAUGAGAAACUUGCUCCUGUUAUAGUUACUGCGGCUACCAGUGGGCGCUGUCACUAUAAAAGGUAAAAAUAAGUCGUAAUUUCUGCUUUAACAAACAACCUAUGGGAACGUUUUUUAGGGGAA